AUGAGGUUCCUCCAUAUUUCAGUAGCAACACUUUUGCAUCUGGUAGCGAAUGCCACAGCCCAAGCACCACCACCAACAGCCAAAACUCUCAACGGCACAUAUCAAGGCAAAUAUCUCACAGGAUGGGACCAGAAUGUCUUCCUCGGCCUCCCUUACGCUCAACCUCCAAUCGGCCAGCUGCGCUACCGCUGGCCUCAGAGCAUAAACACAUCCUUCUCCGACAUCCACGAUGCGUCUACCUACGGCUACAGCUGCAUGCAAUACCACACCGCCUUCAACAUAUCCGAGGACUGCCUGAGUCUGAAUGUCAUUCGGCCAUCUGAAAGAAACUCAACGAAUCAAAAGCAAGAACUUCUCCCUGUCCUGGUUUGGAUUUUUGGCGGCGGCUUGUAUACAGGCUCCACAGCUGACCCACAGUACAAUCUCUCGGGAAUCGUAAAGGUCAGCCAAGACAUGGGGAAACCCAUAAUCGCCGUAUCAAUGAACUACCGCCUCAACAUGUACGGAUUCCUCCAAACACCUGCUCUCCUGGCAGAAGGAAGCAGCAAUGCCGGCUUCCUAGACCAGCGAAUGGCAUUGCGAUGGAUCCAAGAGAACAUCCAAGCAUUUGGCGGCGAUCCCAAGCGCGUGGUGAUCUGGGGCGAGAGCGCCGGCGCGCAGAGCAUUGCGUACCAUCUCUUCAGCUAUGACGGACGGGACGAUCGCCUGUUUCGCGCAGCGAUUAUGGAAAGCGGUGGACCGACGGGGGCACAGGUGCAAGAUCUAUCGUACUACUCCCCGCCAGUCGAAAACCUUACCCGAACCGUAGGCUGCUGGACUGCUUCAAACCAGCUCGCGUGUCUCAGGAAUCUCAACUCUUCGACCCUUUUCGCAGCAGCUCCAAGCCAAGUCUGGAAUCCGAUCAUCGAUGGCGAUUUCCUGACCGGAUAUCCAAGCCAGCUUAUCCGAGAUGGGAAGUUCAACGCCGUGCCCCUUUUGAUCGGGGCGAAUACAGAUGAAGGAACGAGCUUCAGUAUCUCUUCCCCAGUGCCCAACACAGAGACCGACCUUUUCAAUGGUUUGAUGUUCUGGCGUUCCUACGCCCUUUCGCCACCCACAAUCCGCAAACUGUUCGAACUGUAUCCCAACGAUCCAUGCCACGAGCCACCGUAUGAAAUAACAAACUGCUCCGUGUUCCCAUCUAAAGGUCUGCAAUGGCGGCGUGGAGCCGCGAUUGGAGGCGACAUGGUGAUGGUCUCCGGCCGCCGCAAGAUGUGUGAACUCUACUCCCAGGCGGGGAAGGACGUGUACAGUUACCGCUUUGACACGGUGCUGUACGGCAAGACUGCGUUACAAGGGGUUGAACACUUUGACAAUGUAGCGUUUAGUUUCCAGAAUAUUUCAGGCUUGUUGGGACCGAGCCCCAAGUAUGAUGCAGGUUUGCGGCUUGCGAGGGCGAUUGCGGAUGCGUAUGUGAGGUUUGUGUAUAGUUUGGACCCGAACCCCGAGAAGGAGGCAAAUCUGUCGAGUAUUGGGGCUUUGACGUUGCCCUACUGGCCAAAAUAUGACGUUAGGAACCCGGUGAAUAUGGUUCUUAAUGCGACCGGGCCGUUCAUCGAGCCAGAUACGUUUAGGAAGGAUGGAAUUGAGUUUCUGAAUACAUUUGAGGUAGCGAGGGAGUUGUUGGCGUGA